GCCCCUGCCAGCAGCCUGCAAUCGCUGGAGCGCUCCGCUCCUCCGCCUCUCCCUCCUCCUCCUUCUCCUCCUUCUUCUUCUCCUCCUCCUCCUCCUCCUCCUCCUCACUGCCCACCGGCCUGCGGCACCCCUGGGCGGCCUCCAGCCCCAGCAGCGCACAGACAAUGACUUCAUGCGGAUUAUGCAUCUGAAGAAGCCACCAGCUCCCAGCUAGCCGCCGGGGGAGGUCUCCAUGUGUUUGGCAGGGAAGCAGCCUCCUGCUCGCCAUCCUUUCCCCCCUUUUUUCUCCUGGCCCCCGGCAGCUGCCUCCUCUCCGGCGAUGGUCGGCUCCGGUCCCCCGGCGCGGCGCUGAGCGAGGCCCCAGCGCAUCCCUGCUCCCACGCCUGCACCAAGGUACCGCCGGGGCUAUUUUUAUUCCCCUCUCCGCUUUUCCGGUUCGCCGCUGCUGCCGGGCUCGGUGCCUCUCGCAGCCUCUCUGUGCCUUCUGCAUCUCCCACUCCCGGUUUCCCAACCCAGCAGCGAGAGGUGGAGGGAGGCUCGUCCCAGCCCCGCUCCCCACGUCGCAGCCGCCGUCGCGGAGCAGGACGAGACCGGCUGCCGGUUGGCAUCCCUGAUUCCUUCCUCUGCUCGUGGAUGCGCUGAGCGAGCACCCCGGGGUGCCGGCACAGACCAUGAUGGACCUGAAGGUGGACGAGGAGGAGGUGGACAGCGGGCAGCCGGUGAGCAUCCAGGCCUUUGCCAGCAGCUCCACCCUCCAUGGGCUCUCUCACAUCUUCUCCUACGAGCGGCUGUCGCUGAAGCGCGUGGUCUGGGCACUCUGCUUCCUGGGCUCGCUGGCGCUGCUGGCCCUGGUCUGCACCAACCGCAUCCAGUACUACUUCCUCUACCCCCACGUCACCAAGCUGGACGAGGUGGCAGCCACCAGGCUCACCUUCCCCGCCGUCACCUUCUGCAACCUCAACGAGUUCCGCUUCAGCCGGGUCACCAAGAACGACCUGUACCACGCCGGCGAGCUGCUCGCCCUGCUCAACAACAGAUAUGAGAUCCCAGACACCCAGACCGCUGACGAGAAGCAGCUGGAGAUCCUGCAGGACAAAGCAAACUUCAGGAACUUCAAACCCAAACCUUUCAACAUGCUGGAGUUCUAUGACCGGGCUGGCCACGACAUCAGGGAGAUGCUGCUGUCCUGCUUCUUCCGUGGGGAGCAGUGCACCCCAGAAGACUUCAAAGUGGUCUUCACCCGCUACGGGAAGUGCUACACCUUCAACGCCGGGCAGGACGGGAAGCCUCGGCUCAUCAGCAUGAAGGGAGGCACCGGCAACGGCCUGGAGAUCAUGCUGGACAUCCAGCAGGACGAGUACCUGCCCGUCUGGGGGGAAACAGACGAGACCUCGUUUGAAGCUGGCAUCAAGGUGCAGAUCCACAGCCAGGAUGAGCCCCCUCUGAUCGACCAGCUGGGCUUUGGGGUGGCUCCUGGCUUCCAGACCUUUGUGUCCUGCCAGGAGCAGCGGCUCAUCUACCUGCCGCCCCCCUGGGGGGACUGCAAGGCCGUGGUGGGCGACUCGGAGUUCUACGACACCUACAGCAUCACCGCCUGCCGCAUCGACUGCGAGACUCGCUACCUGGUGGAGAACUGCAACUGCCGCAUGGUGCACAUGCCAGGAGAUGCCCCCUACUGCACCCCGGAGCAGUACAAGGAGUGCGCGGAUCCGGCCCUAGACUUCCUGGUGGAGAAGGACAAUGAGUACUGCGUGUGCGAGAUGCCCUGCAACGUCACCCGCUACGGCAAGGAGCUCUCCAUGGUGAAGAUCCCCAGCAAGGCCUCCGCCAAGUACCUGGCCAAGAAGUACAACAAGUCGGAGCAGUACAUCGGGGAGAACAUCCUGGUGCUGGACAUCUUCUUCGAGGCCCUGAACUAUGAGACCAUAGAGCAGAAGAAAGCCUACGAGGUGGCCGGGCUGCUGGGUGACAUCGGGGGGCAGAUGGGGCUCUUCAUCGGGGCCAGCAUCCUCACCGUGCUGGAGCUCUUCGACUACGCCUACGAGGUGAUCAAGCACCGGCUGUGCCGGGGGGCCAAGUGCCACAAGAGCCACAAGAGGAACAACUCGGACAAGGGCGUCACGCUCAGCAUGGACGACGUCAAGCGCCACAAUCCCUGUGAGAGCCUGCGGGGGCACCCGGCUGGCAUGACCUACGCAGCCAACAUCCUACCUCACCACCCGGCCCGGGGCACCUUCGAGGACUUCACCUGCUAACCGACGUCUGGAUGUAGAA